GCUAGGCAGUAACGUCUGUGGGCAGUAGCCUAUCAGACGUCUACGAUGAGAAAAACAACUCAACAUGUUGCUGGCAGGUUGCUAGGCAGUACCCUAUGACACGUUUAGGAUGAUUAAAACAACGUAUUGUGUUGCGAGGCAACAGCCUAUCACUUGGAUACGAUGAUAAAAACAACGUAACGUGCCAGAUGAGGAAUCAAGUCCAUCUUGUUUAGUUGUUUAAGUGUUCUCCAAGUAAACGCCACAUAAAGGUCAGAACCGUGCCCAACAACGUCAAAGACAAUAGAUUUAUAAUUGAUUAGGAAUAAUUAAUAGCUGAUAUAGUUUUACACUUCAGUUCUUCACACUAUACACUCAAAAGUAAAUGAGUAGUCUUAAUGUAAAAACAUUAUCUCAAUGUAUCUCAACACAGCGCCAAAUCGUUACAGCAUAUCAAACAUUGAAUAAUAUAAAACAUGCCACAUGUCGUGUCACUUUCCACACGCUAGAGGACGCUGUGGCGCAAUAUAUCAAACGAAAGAAGAAGAAAUCCUUUAUAGCAAACAAAACCAAACUUUUGACCACUUCUAAUCAUCAAUCGUGGUAUCUAGGUACACGAAUGGCCAUCAACCGUCGAUUGUAUUCGUGUAUUGUAGUCUCUUGAAACUGGUUUGAGUCUGAGCCUACCAUAUAAUAGCAUUUUUUAAUGUGGCUGGUAUAUGGGUUCGGUUUGUCCGUUAAAGACUACAACUCCCGCCAGCAGGGGCAGUGGCGCUAUCGUGUUCCAGCUCAAAACUAAAGGGAUUAUGGGAGAUGUAGUUCUUCUCGAAGGCGCUCGAGAAAAUUUAAAAUCCUAACUUUUGACCAAUAUGAAAACCAGCGAAAUAAUAUAAAUGAGGUGAAUUGUAAGCAUCUUUGAUUAAAGUCAAUUCGAUUUGGUGUUUUGGUGUUUGUUAUAUGAGAUUUUUUUUGUUGGAAACUAUACCGGAAGCUGUAAGCAUUGUGGGACGUGUAGUUCCGCCUAGAGGCGCUGGGCUUGAUAACAACGCGCAGAAGAACGAAACAAAAAUAAAAUAACCGUAACUCAUUUAAAAUAACCUAUUUUUAAACUAUACAGCACACUAAGGAUGCCUGGGUUCACUUGCUGUGUCCCUGGCUGUUACAACAACUCGCACCGGGACAGGGAGCUGCGUUUCUACACGUUUCCUAAGGACGUGACGCAGAGGGAGCUGUGGCUGAAGAACAUCUCCCGGGCCGGGGUCAGCGGCUGCUUCAACACCUUCCAGCCCACCACAGGACACCGGGUGUGCAGCGUGCACUUCUCCGGGGGACGCAAAACUUACAACAUUCGAGUCCCAACUCAGUUCCCCCUGCGGGGCGUGAAUGAGCGGAAACACCGGAGGGGAAGGGGCCGGGGCAAGAAAGGGUCCGCAGCCGUUGCGGCGGCGCAGCCGCGUACUGCAGCUCACUCCGGGAUCGUGAUCUCCAACGUGUACUCUACUUCCCCCGGGGAUGCCGACAGCAACACGACCGCCGAGACCGGCAUCGACAGCCUGACGGUGGUACAGAUCGACCAAAACGGGGAGUACGUGGGCUCCACCAGCGUGGCGGUGCAGCCCUACCGGAUCGGCGUGCCCGCGGAUGUCUCCAGCACCACCGAACCCACCAAGGAGGAGCAGUCCCCGGAAGAGCCCCUCGACUACAUCAGCGUGAUCAGCAACCCCCUUGACCACUCGUACUCGCUGACCACCGGGACCACCUCCACCGAGCUUCUGCGGAAGCUGAACGAGCAGCGAGACAUCAUCGCGCUGAUGGAGGUGAAGAUGAAGGAGAUGAAAGCCACCAUCCGCCAGCUCCGCGUGAGCGAGGCCAAGCUGCAGGAGGAGGUCCGGGACCGGGACCGGGAACGGUCCGCUGCCGUGGCCUUCACCGUGAGGAAGAAGAUUUGAUCCGCUGGAAGUAGUAGGUCAGCUCAAAGACUCUCUUGGGACGCCGACAUCAGGUCCUGAGAACAAGCCCUGUUUUCUACCAAUUUACGAGCUCCGACCAUUUAUACACAUUAGAGCCAAUAGAUACAUUUUCAUAGGCUGACAUUUUCAUCUAUUGAAGACGAAAUAACUACUCAUGCUGAUGAUCUAGAAUGGUCGUCCAGUUUAGUCCAGGUUUGAAGUGCACUGCUGGUCUGCUCUAGUGAUGAGUUUCUGUAAUCAUGACACCGUAGGCGAUGCUCAUAUGCAGGCUUAGAUAUUAAAGACAGGAGUAUGAAAGUCUAACAUGUAUCCCACGCGGUUGCAUUGUUUACCCGCUGUAUCCUGUGACAUGCUGUGCAGCACACAGACAGCCGCUGCUUUCAUGUCCAAGGAUUUGAUGCGAAGAAUGUUACUUUAUUAUUUUUCACAAAAUUAUAUGAAACUUCCAGGUCAUACAUGAUUUUUUAUUUAUUUUUUUCGACCUAAUUAUCAAUUUGAAGUAACUGUUUUUUGAGAAGGGGGGAUUAGCCUGAGUGACUCAAAGCCUUCUAAGAUGUAUUCUUGGUAAGGUGAGAUAUCUUGUAGAUAUUUCUGCACAGAACAGAAACUGCUGAUUUGGGAAGUUCCCAAUGUUUCUGUUAUACCCCUAGGAAGAUUGAGAUUAGGCCAUUGCAUCGCUAAUAAAACAAUGGGACAGUGGACGUCACCAGACCUGGAAGACUGUUGGUUGAACUGUUGUUUUUUGGUAUACAUGCAAAACCAUAGGAUUUGUCAUUUAUUUAUUUUUGAUACGUAGGCCUGCCACUAGUCAUAGGAUAUUAGAAAAGGUAUAUCUAUGUUUCUGAUUGCAACAGCUUGCGAAAAAGGUACAUUUCCAUUUCAUUAAUAAAAAAUGAAUUAGUACAAAUAGCAUUGAACCAUUCUAGAGUAACGCUUAAUGCUAAUCACAUUGUGUAUGUUGAAUGAAAGGUCUUAAAACCUGCUGCAUGUUCAGGUGGAAUCAGGGAUGAGCAGAGGCACUUGUUAGACAUGUGGGAGGGACCAAGAGGUGUCAGAACACUGAUCCAUCACAUCAGGAUCAAUCACAUGCUCAGACUUCUGGCCUCUAUUGGAUUAAAGAAAAAUGAAAAUCUGAUGUGGUUUACAAAAGACCCACAAAAAAUUGCAUAAUAGCACUGACAGGGAAUUUGGGUAAAGAACAGGGUGUAUUGUUUAUUCAAUAUUUAUUCAGCAAUCCUAGUGUCUAAUAGUCAUAUGCACUAUGUGUUCAACAGCUCCUAUUUGGAGCAAUCAAUGCUUCAAAAAAAGAUUAAAAAAUAAGCAGAGCAAGCAUCCACACAACAACCACAUGUUUAUGUGACAGAAGUUGGCUCAUGAUAAGGAAUACAGUUAAGAUUAUCAGACAGAUAAUGCUUUACGCAGUCAUUGAAAUAUAUUGAUGAAACGCCGUCGCCCUCCAUGCUGCCUCUGUUGAGGUUUAAGAAGAAGAUUCAACAGCCUCUCUUGGUGUUACACAAAAAUCAUGUUCUUAUCACAACUCUAAACCACGGCUCCUCUACAAGUUUGUUUUCAUUAUAUUAAAUAUAUUGUGUGGCAGGGCGGUAACAUCGGCUGCAUGUUUCAUAUGAUCUGUACAAAAUAUAUAAAUCUAAAAUAGUUGUCGAUUAUAAGUACAUUUUCUGUUUGUAUAGUGGAAUCAAACAGCCUAACAUAACCUGUAGAUGGCAGCACGUUAAAUAUUCUCUAAGGUCUAAUUAAAUGCGUGGGGGUGUGGGUAUGCGUUGGUGUGCGUGGUU